UUGUGAGAGGAAGCGGCUGGUUGGAUGUUGGGCGGGGUCUGAGGAGUCACGGAGAGGCAGAGAGGAGAGAGCAGAAACACGUCCCGAUCCCGAACCCGGUCCCGGUCCCGGUUCUGAUCCAGCGGCAGCGGCGGACACACCGACCCAGCGGACCCAGCGGAACCAGCGGAGAGGCGGACAGCCCGGGGAGGAUGGGCCGGCCGUAGCGCGCUGCUCUCCGGCUCGCAGCUCCAGGAUGAGCGUAGCGCUGCAGGACCUCCGGAACACCAUGUCCAGCUACAAGCGAGCUACGCUGGAGGAGGAGGAGGGCUCCGACACGCCGGCCGAGGCGGCCUCAUCUCCCGACAGAAUGGAGGUGGGCUUCAGGAAGGGGGGAGUGGACAUCCUGGGCCGGCGGACCCAGCUGGAGGUUCUGCUCUCUGUCAUGCUGCUGGCCGCCCUGUUGGCUCUGUUCGCCUGCCUGGUGGUUCUGGGCCUGGGAUUCAGCUCAGACAGUGGGCGGGGCCUGUGCCUGUCGGAGGCGUGCGUCACCGUGGCCAGUCAGAUUGUGGAGGCCAUGGACCGCAGCGCUGACCCCUGCCAGGACUUCUACCAGUUCGCCUGCGGCGGGUGGAUGAGGAAGAACCCGCUGCCGGACGGACGGUCCCGCUGGUCCACCUUCAACAGCAUCUGGGAGCAAAACCAGGCGCUGCUCAAACACCUGCUGGAGAACGGGACGUUCAACGGCACCAGCGAAGCCGAGAGGAAGACGCAGUCCUACUACCUGUCCUGCCUCAACACGCAGCGCAUCGAGGAGCUCGGCUCCCAGCCGCUCAUGGACCUGAUAGCCAAGAUCGGUGGCUGGAACAUGACGGGUCCGUGGGACAAAGACAACUUCAUGGAGGUUCUGAAGAUGGUGUCGGGUCCGUACCGAGCCCAGCCGUUCUUCAGCGUGGGCGUCAGCACCGAUCCCAAGAGCUCCAACAGUAACGUCAUCCAGGUGGACCAAUCAGGGCUCUUCCUUCCGUCCCGGGACUAUUACCUCAACAAGACGGCCAAUGAGAAGGUGUUGGCGGCGUACCUGGACUACAUGGUGGAGCUGGGGACGCUGCUGGGCGGGGAGAAGAGCGCCACCCAGCUGCAGAUGCAGCAGAUCCUGGAGUUUGAGACGACGCUGGCCAACAUCACCGUCCCGCAGGACCAGCGCCGCGACGAGGAGAAGAUCUACCACAAGGUCACGAUCGCCGAGCUGCAGCUGCUGGCUCCAGCUGUGGACUGGCUGGACUUCCUGACGUUCUCCCUGGCUCCUCUGGACCUGAACGACACCGAGCCUGUGGUUCUGUACGCCAGAGAGUACCUGCAGCAGGUGUCCGAGCUCAUCAACAAGACGGACCGCAGCCUCCUGAACAACUACAUGAUGUGGACGUUGGUCCAGAAGGGCGUCGCCACCUUGGAUCAGCGCUUCGAGAACGCUCAGGACAAACUGCUGGAGAGUCUCUAUGGCACCAAGAAGUCCUGCACCCCACGCUGGCAGACCUGCAUCGGGAACACAGACGACACGCUGGGCUUCGCUCUUGGCGCUCUCUUCGUCAAGGCAACGUUUGACAAGCACAGCAAAGAGAUUGCGGAGGAGAUGAUCAACGAGAUCCGCUCUGCGUUUAAAUACUCUCUCGACCGUCUCAGCUGGAUGGAUGAUGAGACGCGACAAGCUGCUAAGGACAAGGCAGACGCGAUCUACGACAUGAUCGGUUUCCCAGAGUUCAUCCUGGAUCCCAAAGAGCUGGACGACGUUUACGACGGGUAUGAGGUGUCGGAUGACAGCUUCUUCCAGAACAUGUUGAACUUCUAUAACUUCUCAGCCCGAGUGAUGGCCGACCAGCUGAGGAAGACUCCCAACAAAGACCAGUGGAGCAUGACUCCUCCUACAGUUAACGCCUACUACAUGCCCACUAAGAACGGCAUCGUCUUCCCCGCCGGGAUCUUGCAAGCUCCUUUCUACGCCCACGACCACCCCAAAGCGUUGAACUUUGGCGGUAUUGGGGUUGUGAUGGGUCACGAACUUACGCACGCCUUUGAUGAUCAGGGUCGGGAGUAUGAUAAAGAGGGGAACCUGAGGCCAUGGUGGCAGAACUCCUCAGUGGAGGCGUUCCGUCAGAGAACAGAGUGCAUGGUGGAACAGUACAACCACUACACCGUCAACGGAGAGCCAAUCAACGGAAAACAAACGCUCGGGGAAAACAUUGCUGACAACGGCGGACUGAAAGCAGCUUAUCAUGCGUACCGAUCAUGGAUCCAGAAAAAUGGAGAAGAAAAGAGGCUCCCUGCAGUCAACCUAACCAAUGACCAGCUCUUCUUUCUCGGAUUUGCUCAGGUGUGGUGUUCGGUUCGAACACCGGAGAGCGCUCACGAGGGCCUGGUGACUGACCCUCACAGCCCCCCCAAAUACAGAGUCAUCGGCACUCUGGCCAACUCUCCGGACUUCAGCCGCCACUUCAACUGUCCGAAGGGGACGCCCAUGAACACCGGGAAGCCCUGCGAGGUCUGGUAGAGGAGCAAAGAGGACUGGUGGUGGUGAUACAGAGAGUUAAUCAGGUCAAUCUCCAGGUUGGCCACUGUUUUAGUGUCUUAGAUUCUGCACGACCCCGUGUUGCGUUCGCGGCCCAUGUGUAAUCUUUAGUUCAUCAGUUACUUGGCGACGAUCAGACUGACUUCCUGUCUGGAAACCGAACAGAGUUGUUGGACUUCAGAGACGUGGCGGACCGAUGGCAAUGAAGCCGCUGGGGGGGCAGUGUUGCUGACGUGUGCUUUAUUACCGUUAAUAUUAAUGGGUAUUUGUGGUUGUAUUUUGUAUGAGAGAUCUCUGUAUCUUCGUCUAUCACUGUGAUGACCUCAUACCAAACUGGCCCAUAACUUCACUCUGUGUGAGUCGUUUCAUUGGCUAGAUGUGGGGAGGUGAAUGAGAACAUUUGUAAAAAAUCAGAGAAUUUAAAUGAUCAAUCUGUACAUCUGAGGUUUUAUUAUACACCAGAUCGCUUUAAUGUUUAAAGAUCUAUGUAAUGUUUUCAUUAAUCCCACUGACGGCCAAUUGAACAGACAGUAAUUGGCAUUAGUAUUGGCUUUAAUCAUAAAUGUGAGUUUUGCAUUUCUUUUCAUUGUUGUUGAUCCCCAUUUUCAAAUAUUUCAUUUCUUUUCUUUGUCUGUCAUCUUGAAUCCAAGUGAAAUUAAUCACCAUUUUUAUUUGUGCCAGUUUCACAGAUGAGUCCUUUAUAGUCAGUCUACUUUGCCUAGAAUCCAUGUUAAACCCAGAAGUUAGUGACUUUUAUUUCUUCAGCUGUGAGGAACAAUGUGCCAUGAUCCAGAAUGUUGCCUUCAAAGUCCAAAAUAAAGUGUUGAAAUGUUAAAUGAGACCCAGAGAGUGUGGCUUAGACAAAAAUGCCUGCAGGUAUCAAGCACUGGAGCUUCAGUAAAGAAAACUUAAAGUCUCUGAAAGAUGUAAACUUUGGGGAGGCUGAUGUAUUACUGGGGGCAAAUAUCACACUGAAUAAGGACCAAGAUAGACUCCAUGGUCUAUUAGAACAUGGCUGGAUUACAACCAAUUUGGAAAGGGAUUCAGUGCUGCGAUGCCAAGCACUCAACAGCAUACGUCCUCAAGACUCCUUCACCAUGGUAUUUAAGGGAGAAGCAAGUUCUCCACAAGGAGUCUGCAAUGCCAGUCCUUGAGUGCCACUGUUCUGCAACCUUUGGAUGGAUAUGUGCUCCAAUACACCUGAAUCAUAAGGCCGAAUUACCUUCCUGGCAUGUCAUCCAGUUCAUCUACAUUCUGAGCCUCACCUCUGGUCAUAAGACAAGGAUGCAGAGUUGGUGUCCUCUUGUAGGGAGGCUGGAUUCUGCUUUAGAGAGGAGCACCGUCAUUUGGGGGGUGCUCAUAGUAGCACCCCCCAAAUGAUGUGUUACUUGUCCACAUCAAAAGGAAUGAGUUGUGCUGGUUUGGGCAUCUGAUCAAGAUGCCACCUCAGUGCCUCUCUUGAGAGGUUUUCUGGUUCUGUCCCACUGGAAGGUGACCCCUCAGAAACCCAGAACUCAUUGAACGGACUGUGCAUCUUGUAUACCCUACAAAUGUUGCUGGGAAAAGGAUGUCUAGGGUUUGCUCCUGACCCUGCUGUCUCACAUACCCCAAUUCGGAGAAGUAGAAGACGAUGGAUAGAUGGCAUGUCUUUAGUUCAGUUUUGUAAAAGACUAGUCAUUUGGCUGAAGAGUGAUUCAAGUGUGUAGGAGCAUGGCUGCAUACAAAAGUUGCAGGACAGUGUUAAUUGAGAGACAUUAAUUGCAGCUUUGUCAGGAUUUUCAUUCACCAUCUAGUUUGGGUCUAUGAAUUUGAUGAAGACUGGUAAAGAGUUGCACCAAAUUCAUCACAACAAGUGUUAUGCAACUGGAUCUAAAGGCAUUGUGAUAACUUGCUUGAAGUCCUCUAGGGUGGAGUUGGUGGGAUUGAGAGACAUUUGGACACUAACACAGUAGGAAAGUUGUUACCAUCUAAAGUUUUUGUAAGGGAGAAAAGUUGAGUUUAGCGUGAAAUAUUUACAUACUGAGUUUUCAAGAUGUGAAGAAACUACCUCCAAUGAUCAGUUCAGGAACUUUGGCUUUGAAAAUAUAACAAGAAGACUUAGUCAAUGUUAUAACACCAUCACAUUCUGUCACUUCCUGAUGACAUCAUUACUGUGCAGCAUCUCGUUUGUUUAAGAAAGCUGCUUCCUGCCAAAGAUGUGCGCGUGUGUGUGUGUGCGUGUGUGUGCGUGCGCGUCAUCCAUCCUUGUGAGGACCCGUCUUCAUCUUUCAGCAUGUGGAACACUGUGGAUAGUGGGGAAUUUGGAUCCGAUCCCCAAUUCUUUGAGUUAAAGGGCUUUCAGUCAGGGCCAGGUUCAGUUCGGGGGCCUCGGGUUGCUCCAGAUUUAAAGGGUUCCCAGAGAAAUUAAAACACAACAGAAUGUAUGUCCAUAUUUCUGAAUUUGUGUUUGUGAGGACCUAUUUGUGUUUGAAACCGUUUCUUCACCCAUUCACUGGAACUGUUCAUACGGUCAUAUUUAAAUCGGUUUUUGGAGUCUACAAUGGUCCUUCCAGGCACAGUGUGUAUAACUAUUUGUCAAUAAGACUAAACUGAUGUAGAAUCACACUGCUUGUUGUAAUCUGUCUGGCCUGAAGGGGGCAGCAGAUGUUUUCUCUCAAACAGAAUAAAUCACUUUUAUUUUCUGUCUUUAAACACAAAGCAUCCCACAGAGACCCUCCAACAUCAAUAAAGUGACGUUAAAAAUUGCUUGAUUUUAGCAUCCCUUUAAUAAAAUUAAAAACUGA